AUGACAGAAGAGGUGGUGAAGGCAGCGGCGAGAAACUGGGAGAGUGGCAGCGAAGUGAUGGAGCUUUUUCUCCGGCGGCGAGGAGGUGAAAUCACAAUCACAGAAGAGGUAGUAAAGGCUGCGGCUGAAAAUUGGAAGAAUGGCAAGCAGGUAAUGGCGCUCCUUCUUCACCAACGGGCAAUUAAGAUCACAAUCACAGAGAAGUUUGUCACAAUUCUUGUUGGAAGUUUUGACAAGGAGGUAACGGCCCUUUUCUUCAAGCAUUGGGGAAGAGAGAUCGCAGUAACGGAGGAGGUGAUGAAGGCUGCAGCGGGAAAUUUGGACAAUGGCAAAGAAGUGAUAGCGCUUCUCCUGACGCUGCGAGGGAGCGACAUCACGAUCACGAAAGAUGUCAUGAAGGCUGCGGCAGAAAAUUGGAAGAGUGGUAAGGAAGUGAUAAGGCUCAUUCUCAACCAGCGAGGAAGCGAGAUCACGAUUACAAAGGAAAUAGUAAAUGCUGCGGCAGGAGUCCGGGGCGGUAAUAAAGAAGUGAUUAUGUUCCUCCUCGAGCAGCGAGAAGAGGAGAUGUUGAUAGCCACGGCAGGGAGCAAGGGGAAUGGCAAAGAAGUGAUGGCGCUGCUUCUCAACUACAAAGGAGGCGAUAGAACGAUUGCAGAGCGGGUUGUGCUGGCUGCGGCAGGAAAUGAGACUGAUGGCAAGGAGAUGAUGGCGCUGCUCCUCGAUCAGCGAGGAAAUGAGAUUACGAUUACAGAAGAGGUGGUGAAGGCCGCGGCGAAAAAUCUAGGAAAGGCCAAGGAAGUACUGACUUUUCUUCUCGACCAGCGAGGAAGUGAGAUCGUGAUUACGGAGGAUGUGGUCAAGGCUGCGGCGGUAAAUCGAAAGCAGGGCAAGGAAAUGUUGGCGCUACUUCUCGACCGGCGAGGAAGCGAAAUAACCAUCACAGAGCAGGUGGUGUUAACUGUGAUGAGGGCUUUAGAGACUGGCAAGGAGGUGAUGGCGCUUUUUUCCAAUCUGCACACAGGCGAUUCUAUGAUCGCAGAGUUGAUGGCGAAGAUGACGACUGCGGCAGAAAAUUGGGAGAACAGCAAGAAAGUGAUCGCGCUCCUUCUCGAACACAGAGGAAGCGAGAUCAUAAUCACAGAAAAGUUGGCCACUAUUCUUGCUGGAAGCGUGGACGGGGAAGUUAUGGCGUCUUUUCUUAAGCUACGAGGAAGCGCCGUGACGAUCACGGAAGAGGUAGUAAUAGCUGCGGCAGGAAAUUGGAGGAAUGGCAAGGAGGUAAUGGCGCUGCUCCUCGAUCAGCGAGGAAACGACAUCACGAUCACGGAGCAUGUGGUGGCGGCUGCUGCAGGAAAUUGGGGAAAUGGCAAGGAAGUGAUGGCACUACUUCUCAAUCAACGAGGAAGCGAGAUCACGAUCACAGAAGCGGUAAUGAUAGCUGCGUUGGGAAAUAAGCAUAGUGGGAAAGAGGUGAAGGCGUUGCUGCUCAAUCAGUGA